AUGUCGUCCAAGAAGAACAGAAAACGGUUGAACCAAAGCGCCGGGAAUGGUUCGCCCUCGGCCUCCGCUGCUUCCUUUUCUGCGGGGGCCACAGCUUCUGCCGUGGCGGCCGGGACUCUGGUGGUGAUCAACUUCUUAGAAAAGGAUGACAAAGUUCCUAAAGCAUUCCAGAAUUCCCUUGUUCAACUUGGACUCAACACCAUGAAGUCUGCAAACAUAUGUAUUGGUCGACCAGUGUUGCUUACCAGUUUGGAUGGAAAGCAAGAGGUCUAUACGGCCUGGCCUGUGGCAGGAUUUCCUGGAGGCAAGGUUGGCCUGAGUGAAAUGGCACAGAAGAAUGUGGGUGUGAGGGUUGGUGAUGCCAUCCACGUCCAGCCUGUUUUGGGUGCUGUACUGCAGGCUGAGGAAAUGGACGUGGCACUCAGUGACAAAAAUGCAGAUAUUAAUGAAGAACAACUGACUGCUUGUCUUCUGAGAAAACUAGAUGGCAAGAUUGUUUUACCAGGCAACUUUCUGUAUUGUACAUUCUAUGGACGACCAUGCAAGUUGCAAGUGUUGCGAGUGAAAGGAGCAGAUGGCGCGAUGUUGAGAAGGGCUCAGAAUGACUCUGACACUGUUGCCCGGGGAAUGGCCUCCAAGCCAUCCAGCGUGGAAACUAGUACCCUGGAUAUAUCCUUACAGCUAAGCCAGUUAGGUCUGGAAGUGCCCCCAAACCCAACAUCAAGCAGUACUCCUUACAAACCAGGAGAUGGCAGAAUGAUAAAUAAAGCUGGUGGCGUUUCAUCAGGUGUUACACAGAGUCCUGGGAAUGGCAGUGGACUUGGACUAGAGGCAGUCACAGGUCUUAAAUGUUGUUCUCAGUCUGCCAGAGAAGGAAAUGAGCAACCUGUCAAUGAAGAGAGAUUGCUAAAGUCACCCAGCGUGGGAGCACAGUGCAACACUGAUACCUUUUAUUUUAUUUCUUUGACAACAAGAGUCAAUUUUACAAAGAUUUGUACAAAUUCAAAAGAUCAAGACAACCACUUAAAAGUAACUUAUGACAUGAUUGGUGGCUUAAAUAGUCAGCUGAAAGAAAUUAGAGAAAUAAUUGAAUUACCUCUCAAACAGCCUGAGCUUUUCAAGAGUUAUGGAAUUCCUCCCCCUAGAGGAGUGUUGCUCUAUGGCCCUCCAGGUACUGGAAAGACAAUGAUUGCCAGGGCUGUUGGUAAUGAAGUUGGUGCCUAUGUUUCUGUAAUUAAUGGCCCUGAAAUUAUUAGCAAAUUCUAUGGGGAGACUGAAGCAAGGUUACGUCAUAUAUUUGCUGAAGCCACUCUGCGGCACCCAUCAAUUAUUUUUAUUGAUGAGCUGGAUGCACUCUGCCCUAAAAGAGAAGGGGCUCAGAAUGAAGUGGAAAAAAGAGUUGUAGCUUCACUCUUAACACUGAUGGAUGGUAUUGGUUCAGAGGGAAGUGAAGGACAGGUGUUGGUUCUUGGGGCCACAAAUCGUCCCCAUGCUUUGGAUGCUGCACUCCGAAGACCUGGACGGUUUGAUAAAGAAAUUGAGAUUGGAGUUCCGAAUGCACAAGACCGGCUAGAUAUCCUCCAGAAACUGCUUCGAAGGGUGCCCCAUUUGCUCACUGAAGCUGAACUGCUACAGCUGGCAAAUAAUGCUCAUGGAUAUGUUGGAGCAGACUUGAAAGCCUUGUGUAAUGAAGCAGGUCUUCAUGCCUUGAGGAGAGUCUUGAGGAAACACCCUAACCUCCCUGACAGCAAGAUGGCUGGGUUGGUGAAGAUUACUCUGAAAGAUUUCUUGCAGGGGAUGAAUGACAUCAGGCCCAGUGCCAUGAGGGAGGUAGCAAUUGAUGUCCCAAAUGUAUCCUGGUCAGAUAUAGGAGGACUGGGAAGUAUCAAACUGAAGCUGAAACAGGCUGUGGAAUGGCCCUUGAAACAUCCCGAGUCUUUCACCCAAAUGGGUAUUCAGCCACCUAAAGGAGUUCUUUUGUAUGGGCCUCCUGGAUGCUCUAAAACAAUGAUUGCAAAGGCUUUGGCCAAUGAGAGUGGGCUGAAUUUCCUAGCUGUAAAGGGGGCUGAAUUAAUGAACAAAUAUGUUGGUGAAUCUGAAAGAGCAGUUAGAGAGAUCUUCCGAAAAGCGAGAGCAGUGGCUCCUUCCAUCAUUUUCUUUGAUGAACUUGAUGCCUUAGCAGUUGAAAGGGGCAGUUCAUCAGGUGCUGGGAAUGUUGCCGAUCGUGUUUUGGCUCAGCUCUUGACAGAAAUGGAUGGCAUUGAACAGUUAAAGGAUGUGACAAUCCUGGCAGCUACUAACCGUCCAGAUAGGAUAGACAAGGCCUUGAUGCGGCCUGGAAGAAUUGAUAGAAUCAUCUACGUGCCUUUACCAGAUGCAGAAACAAGAAGGGAAAUAUUUAACUUGCAGUUUCACUCUAUGCCAAUCAGUAAUGAUGUUGAUCUGAAUGAACUCAUCCUCCAAACAGAUACGUAUUCAGGAGCAGAGAUUAUAGCCGUAUGUAGAGAGGCAGCCCUUCUGGCUCUGGAAGAAGACAUUCAAGCCAACUGCAUUAUGAAAAAACACUUUACUCAAGCCUUGAGCACCGUGACACCCAGACUUCCUGAAUCAUUGAGACGUUUCUAUGAAGAUUAUCAAGAGAAGAGUGGGCUGCAUGCGCUCUGA